AUGUCAGCGCCGCGCCCGUCCUCCCUGGUGCAGGAUGAGGCUUACCCCAAUAUUUCCUUCCUCAAGCGCCAGCUGGAGCGCCGCUACUGCCUGGCCCGCGGCCCCACGCUGCUGGAGAGGGCGGAGGUGUUCCUCACCAUCUUCAGACGUGCCGCCCGCCUGGCCUUCGCCCUGCUGCGCCUGUGGGCGCGCGCCCUGCACUACGUCUCAAGCCUUCUGUCCAUCGUGUCGGGCGCGCUGAGCUUUACGGUGGUGCCCGCCAUUGUGCUUAGCGUGCUCAGCGCGGCUGCACAGAUUGUUGCCCUGAGUCUGACAUCGUUCGCAGAGUUUGUGGAGCCUGUCAUCAUGCAGGCCCUUGCCUGGGGGGAGGCAGGCACCAGCCAGGUGGGCGCUGUGGCUGACGUCGGCGGCACCGUGGGGCCGCGCCGCCUGCCGCCGCGCACCGUGGAGGGCCUGUCGCCGCUGCUGGAGGGGCAGAUAGAGGCGUGCACCCCCAUCCUCAACCGCCCUGAGAUCCCGAGGUUGUCAGAUCAACCCCUGCUGGUCAAGGCGUACGACCUCGGACUGGUCGACGCCGCCGGCGACGUGGACCGCCGAGCGGUGUGGCGGCUGCUGGAACGCGGGGGUCGCGGCGUGUUCAAACCUGACGGCUUCUUCGGCUACGCCUCCAGCAGCCACCGCCGGGCGGCGGUCGUGCUGCUGGCGCGCGCCCUGGCGUGGCAGCGCGUCAACGCGGUGGUUAGGGGGGGCGAGGCGCUGCGGUUCGUGGUCAUCACGGGCACGCCCAAGGGCGGCAAGGCGACCCUCUUCGCAAGGCUCACAAAGGGGCCGGCGUCCGAGUCCAAGGCGGGCACGGCGGCCGCGGGCGACGGCGGCGCCAAGAGGGGCCCCGCGGCCGUCGACGUCCGGCCGCUGGCGGACCCUGGGCUGAGGGGCGCCCAGGCGGUGGUGUUCCCCGGCCUGCGCUCUAAGGAUGAGUCGACGGCCGCACUCGCACAGGGCCUCGCCACGGCCCUCGCCGGCAUGUGCUGCUGCAUGGUGUUCGUGGCCCACCCCGAGGCGGACCCCUCCGACCCGUCCUCCCUCGCACCCCUCGCCCACGCCCUCGCCGCGCGCCGCGGCGCGCUGCUCUGCGUCAAUGGCCCCCGCCGCGCCGCCGCGCCCUUCGGCGCCGGCGCGGGGGCGGCGAUGGUCGCCAGGUGGCGCGCGGCGGUGGACGGGCUGGCGGCGAGGGAGGGGCUGGAUGCGGGGCUGUGCAGCGUCGUGCUGACAGAAGUGCUGGGGAGGGGCGCCGGCGGCGGCGGCGCUGCCGCAGAGGGACAAGGGGCCGCCGCAGGCGCAACUGGGCGCGGCGUGCGGGGUCGCGGCUCGGGCCGGGGCCGGGCGCAGGAGGGGGUGACGGCGGCGGAGGUGGAGGAAGAGGAGGAGGGAGAGGAGCCUGAGGGCGUGCACGCAUUUGGGGACGUGGAGGAAUGGGUGAAGCGAGAGGCGGCGGCUUUCCACCGGAUGGUGUGA